AUGAGUGUCGCAUUUGCCGGAAGUAUCUCGGGUGGGAUAAGCACGGCUGUUGCCGUUUUCUGUCACGAAUUGCCUCAUGAAUUGGGUGAUUUUGCUGUUCUUUUGAAGACGGGAAUGCGCUUGAAGGAGGCCUUUUUCUUUAAUAUACUCUCUUCAGUUCUCAGCUUUGUUGGAAUGUUAGUGGGGAUUGCCGUCGGCAACAUUCAAUCAGCUAGCCUCUGGAUAUUCGCCUUCACCGCAGGAACAUUUAUCUAUAUUGCAUUGGUUGACAUGCUACCCGAAUUGAGUUCGGCAGAUGUGAAGCCUGGCGAAAGUCGCAUAGCUCACUUGGUAAUCCAAAACCUGGGACUCAUGACCGGAGUGGGCGUUAUGUUACUGAUUGCUCUGUUUGAAGAACAGAUAAAGAAUAUGUUGGAGUAA